AUGAGAUCGAUAAAUCCACGUGAAAACUCGAACUAUGAGCAGCAAGUCGAUAAAUUCACAGGAGGUGAGGUGCACAGCGUUCGUGAGUUCGUGGAGCUGGCAUUUCAAGAAAUUGGUCAAGAAAUAUUUUGGGAAGGCGAGGGCAUUGACGAAGUUGGGAAAGAGAAGGGAACGAACAUCACUCGAGUCACUCUUGAUCCCAAUUAUUUUGGUUUAACUGAAAUGACUGUUUUAGUUGGUGAUCCAAAAAGAGCUCAAGAAAAGUUGAAAUGGUCACCAAAGACCAAAUUUAAAGAAUUGGUGAAGGAAAUGGUUGCAGCUGACAUAUCACUGAUAACAACGGCAGCAUCGUGA